GAUGGAUAGUAACAUCCACCUGAGUAGCUUGAUAAGUCGACAUGAUGAUGAAGCCACAAGAACAUCUACCUCGGAAGGGCUGGAGGAGGGUGAAGUGGAAGGAGAAACUCUCCUGAUUGUUGAAUCAGAGGAUCAGGCAUCGGUGGACUUAUCUCAUGACCAGAGUGGGGAUUCCCUGAAUAGUGACGAAGGAGACGUGUCAUGGAUGGAGGAGCAGCUUUCCUACUUCUGUGACAAGUGCCAAAAAUGGAUACCAGCCAGUCAGCUGAGGGAGCAGCUCAGUUACCUUAAGGGUGAUAAUUUCUUUAGGUUUACUUGUUCCGACUGCUCAGCAGAUGGCAAGGAGCAGUGUGAGAGGCUGAAGCUGACAUGGCAGCAGGUUGUCAUGUUGGCAAUGUACAACUUGUCUCUGGAAGGAAGUGGACGUCAAGGUUACUUCAGGUGGAAAGAAGAUAUCUGCGCUUUCAUUGAGAAACAUUGGACUUUUUUACUAGGGAAUAGGAAAAAGACUUCAACCUGGUGGAGCACUGUAGCAGGUUGCCUCAGCGUGGGAAGUCCUAUGUAUUUCCGUUCAGGUGCUCAGGAAUUUGGAGAACCGGGAUGGUGGAAACUUGUUCACAACAAGCCCCCGACAAUGAAACCUGAAGGAGAGAAGUUGUCCGCCUCUGCUGUGAAAGUUAAAGCAGCCUCAAAACCAACUUUAGAUCCCAUCAUUACUGUUGAGGGACUUAGAAAACGUGCCAGUCGGAAUCCUGUAGAAUCUGCCAUGGAAUUAAAAGAGAAAAGGUGUCGAACUCAGGAAGCGAAAGACAUUAGAAGAGCUCAGAAGGAAGCAGCUGGCUUUCUUGACAGGAGCACGUCUUCUACCCCUGUAAAAUUCAUAAGCCGAGGCCGCAGGCCAGAUGUGAUUCUUGAAAAAGGAGAAGUGAUUGACUUUUCAUCCUUGAGCUCCUCUGACCGCACCCCACUAACAAGCCCAUCUCCUUCUCCGUCCCUGGAUUUCUCUGCCCCUGGCACUCCCGCCUCUCAUUCUGCCACGCCUAGCUUGCUUUCAGAAGCAGAUCUGAUUCCAGAUGUGAUGCCACCACAAGCCUUGUUUCAUGAUGAUGAUGAGAUGGAAGGCGAUGGAGUCAUAGACCCAGGGAUGGAGUAUGUCCCACCCCCUGCUGGGUCAGCAGCUUCUGGGACAGUGGUUGGGGGUAGAAAGAAGGUCAGAGCACCUGAACAGAUAAAGCAGGAGGUAGAAAGUGAAGAGGAAAAACCCAGCAGGAUGGACAUUGAUAGUGAAGACACAGAGUCAAACUCAUCAUUGCAAACAAGGGCUCGAGAAAAGAGGAAGCCUCAAUUGGAGAAGGACACAAAACCGAAAGGUCCCAGGUAUACUCCUGUGAGCAUUUAUGAGGAAAAGCUUCUUCUCAAGAGGCUAGAAGCUUGUCCCAGCGCAGUUGCUAUGACACCAGAAGCUCAGAGACUGAAGCGGAAAUUGAUUGUCAGACAAGCGAAAAGGGAUAGGGGGUUACCACUUUUUGACUUGGAUCAAGUUGUUAAUGCUGCUCUUCUGUUAGUUGAUGGGAUUUAUGGAGCUAAAGAAGGAGUUUCCAGGCUUCCAGCUGGACAAGCCACAUACCGAACUACCUGUCAGGACUUCCGAAUCCUUGACCGAUACCAGACUGCCUUGCCAUCUAGGAAAGGAUUUCGGCACCAGACCACCAAGUUUCUGUAUCGUUUGGUAGGAUCAGAAGAUAUGGCUGUGGACCAAAGUAUUGUCAGCCCUUAUACUUCUCGGAUCUUGAAACCUUAUAUCAGGCGUGAUUAUGAAACAAAGCCACCCAAGCUACAGCUCCUGUCCCAGAUUCGUUCCCACCUGCAUAGGAGUGACCCUCACUGGACCCCCGAGCCUGAUGCGCCUCUUGAUUACUGCUACGUCCGGCCAAAUCACAUCCCAACGAUCAACUCUAUAUGUCAGGAGUUUUUCUGGCCUGGCAUUGACCUAUCUGAGUGCCUGCAGUAUCCAGACUUCAGUGUUGUUGUCCUUUAUAAAAAAGUCAUCAUUGCUUUUGGCUUUAUGGUUCCUGAUGUGAAAUACAACGAAGCCUACAUUUCAUUUCUGUUUGUUCAUCCUGAGUGGAGAAGAGCCGGGAUUGCAACUUUUAUGAUCUAUCAUCUGAUUCAGACCUGCAUGGGCAAGGAUGUAACACUUCACGUCUCAGCAAGCAACCCCGCUAUGCUGCUAUACCAGAAGUUUGGAUUCAAGACUGAAGAAUAUGUUUUAGAUUUUUAUGAUAAAUAUUACCCAUUGGAGAGUACAGAAUGUAAACAUGCGUUCUUUCUGAGGCUCCGGCGCUGAUGUUCUUGGAGCACGUGUACGCUGUUAAAGAUGGGUCUUCAUGGAGAUUCUACAGGCGGUUACCAUUUCAUGGUGGGGUCUCAUCUUCUCUGCAAUUAGACGUUCUUUUCCGUCCUCUCAACUGAGGUGAGAAAAGCGGUGGGCGGUGAAACGCGGAGAGAGCAACCCUCAGCAGAGUCCCUCUCCAGUCCGUUCUGGAGAGGCCUUCAGCCAGCAUCUUGGACUCCACAGUAAACUAAAAUUGAAUGAUGCUGCUGUCCUCUUUCCACCUGACAGUUUGUAAAAGAGCACCUAAAUUGAUAUUCUUAGGGGGAGAGAACCUGUCUGUCCUAAUUUGAAGGGUGAGAAAUGUGAUUAUUAUUAAAGAUUCACACAGUGCCCAAGAGGCACUAUCCUGUCCUGGGGUGAUGAGCGUUAUGAUGUGAUUACAUAAAGGGAUUCCAACUCUGUUCCAGCCAUUGAUGUGUUAUUGAAUCCAGGAGGACUUCCAGGGCACUGAAGUUCUGUUGUCUCUCUUGCUGACUUUGGUUGCAGUGAGUAAAAAUAAACUAAAUGUUUGUGUCUA